UGAUGAAUAGAGUCGCUGUCAGAUGCGUGGAAAGAGGACGGCUUGUUGAAGACAGGCAGCUGCAAGAGAAGAAGAGAGGAGAGCAGCCGCAGCAUGGCUCCUCCGCCAAGUUCCAUCCACUUCUGAAUCCGCAGAGCCGGAUGCCACGGAGAAGCAGCAGAACCACCACCGCGUCAUCCUGUUCUCAACGCUGUCGUGGUUUUCCUUGAUAUAUUUUGUUCUUUUUUCAUUUUUUAUAUGGAAGUCUGUGGGUACAGUUGUGGACGUGGAAACUUAAAGCAACUCCCCCGUGACCGUGCCAAAGGUUCUCUCAACACUUUUCCAGUUUCUGUAAAGUUGUGACGGAAGAAGGAAACGCUUUGUCCUAAUAAGGAGCCCAAGGGCCCCAUCAAGAUGGUGAACAGCCAAGCGUCAAGUGUCCCACCAGCUCCCAGGUCAUGUGCUGGAUGCGGGGGGAAAAUCGCAGACCGCUUCCUGCUUUUCUCCAUGGAGCGCUACUGGCACACACGCUGCCUUAAAUGUUCCUGCUGCCAGGCCCAGCUGGGGGACAUCGGCACCACCUGCUACAGCAAAGGGGGCAUGAUUCUGUGUCGCACUGACUACAUCAAGCUGUUUGGGGCGUGCAGUGCCUGUGGUCAGUCCAUCCCAGCAAACGAGAUGGUGAUGAGGGCACAGGGGAAUGUUUAUCACAUCAAGUGUUUCAGCUGUGCCACCUGUAGAAACCGACUAAUUCCCGGGGAUCGCUUCCAUUACAUCAACGGUACAAUCUUCUGUGAACAUGACAGGCCCGGUGCUGCUUUGCACAACAGCCACCUGGCCCCACUUCAGAGCAGCUCAGUGCUGACGGACCAGAAGGUAUGCUAAGUGGGAAGAAUCCAGAGCGACCUCAUCUCCUUCCCUUCUCAGCCUUCUCCUUCCCUCCAUGUAUUCCUUCGUCCACUGCGACUGUCGCUGUUGUACUUGUUGUUGGGGAGCCUCCAGUCUCACUUUUCCCAGCAAGGCUCCACUUUCUCCUGUAAGAGGUCUUCUCCCUCACUAUUUCAGAGGUUUUGUAUAGAACAGCAUCUCCAUUCUGUUAACACUCAAUGGCAAAGUGGUCUGUGUAAAGACUUGAGACUAUGUGGGGGCUGCAGUGGCAAAAAGUCUCCUUCAAGACUGAACAAAGCUGGAGGAAAAUUGUGACUCAGAAAAGCUGUAUAAAACUGCAGAGGGAACAAAAAACAUCACUGUAGAAGUGUGAUUGGCUGCUGUGAACUUACAGAAAGUGAUGGAACUACAUUUGCCAUGUCAUAUUAUUCCUCCUUUGUUUUUUUUUUUUUUUUUUAAUCUUUUUAGCUGGUCAUGAGAUCCAAGCACUGAGAAUGAUUUGUGUAACUGACAGUGAUCAAUUGUAGGGAGCCAUUAAAUGAUGUAAUCCAUGGCUGUAUGCGCCAUAAACGGCUCAUCCAUGCCUCAGACUGCACAAAGAUGUGCAAUAUUCCUGUAAUGGUUUUACUGUUUUCCUUCUGUACAGUUUCUCUAUCAGAUGCCUGUGUAAUGUGUUUAUGGGUGGUGAGGUGGGGUCUGUGGGUAUGAAAACAAAAAUCCUAUUAAAACAAUUUUCCUGUAACAUGUCACGAAGCGACCUGAGGUCAUUGCGGCAUUAGUGCGCCAUUGUGUUGCUUGGUACCUGGCAUGGUGGAUGUUUCUUUCCCGCUCUCUCUCUCGCCCUCUUUAGCCCUGUAUGGUGAAAACAUGCCUGAUUACCCCGAGGAAUGGAUUUAGGGGGCUUGAGCUCUGACCAUUUACAGAAACAAUUAAGCAUGAGCCCUGUAUCUGUGCUACUGGAGCUCCUGGGAGCUUGAUCUUAGGGCAUAUGCUGUGUGGCUGACUGGAUGGCUGCCUCUAAUAAAGCCUAAUCUGAAAGGGGCUAAUUAAAGGGGAGGGCCCCCAGCCCUGCCCCCAUCCCCAACAGCCAGGGCAUUUUAAACAAUCUGAUGUAUUUACUUUUUAUCUUGUUUCAAUUAGAGCUCCCACACAGCCCGGUUUGGUUGGUCACACAGCGCCUUUUGGUUUGUGCCACUCUGCAUGGCUUCUGAAAAUGAUUUCCAAGAACUGCACCUAAUUCGGCUUCAUGCCUUUCUUAUGCUGCGUGCAAAUGUUAAAGCCCCAGCAUACCAUCCAAGGUGGCGCCUUAAUCUUUGUGAUAGCGGCGGUAGAGCACGCUGCGUGCAGGAAACCAAGCGAUAGCAUCUGCUCUACUUUCACACCUUGCCUGGGUGUGCGGCUUGCCAUCAAACUUCCCUUUUAAUGCGCUUAGCUAUUUCAAACCGUCCCACUUGUCAUGGUCUAGGCUGAUGCUGCAUCAAUUAUUUAUUCCACGUCUGAUCAAGAAGCGUCACGCAAAUUCAUUAACGUAUGCAAAUGAUCACAAUUACAAUUAUCUUUGUAUCGCGACGGUAAAAAAAAUACAACCUCGGCACACUCCUGAGUCCCAACGCACCACAAGUUGCACUUUGCAUUCAAACUAAUCAAGCAUCAUCUGCCUUCUCCUAAUUAGCCCGACCGUUUUCACAUGCCAAUUAGCAGGUCUCAAGAAAAAGCUCUCUGCCAUGAGGCGUUAUCUUUUAUCAGAGCUUCUGCAGGUGUGUGGUUCACCAUGUAGCCUGUGUCAUAGGAAAGUGUUUAUUCAUGCUAAUUAAUCAUAUUAACACAUGCACGAGUGUAAUUGCCGAAGCUCCUUCACCUCACACUGUGUGAAGACUCGAGAAGAUGCCGGGGUAUUUUUAUGUGCUUAUGAUGAAGAAGAUGAAGACCAACGAAGCUUCCUUUUUUAUGCAUACCAUCCAACCUUCCUGAGAUGAAGAGCCAACAUCUUUGCCUUCCUUUGUGUGAGUGGAAGAGUAGUUUUGGUGAAGCAGGAGAUGACAGCACCUCUGUGAUUGGUUUGUCACUAAGCGUAAAUUAAAUUGUAAAAAAGAAACUUUGACUAACAAAUGUACCAAGGAAAAAAAAUCCCCAAGUGAAAUUUUCAACAUAAGGUCUUUAAUCUGAAUGUUUGUUGUGUUUAUAUAAUUAAAAUCAGUGGUCUGUAAGUUUUAUUGUGCCAUCUUGUAUAAAAGGUAAACUAGCUGGAAUGCUAACUUCUCAAUGUAAGACUCACAGAUCACCACUGAGGUCACCAAGAGGUCACCACUGAGGUAGCAGAGACUGAGAAAUGUUACUGCAAGUAAACAAAUUCCUUCCAGAUUUGUUUUACAUUAUUAUUCUUCUUUUGGGAAACGGUAAAGAUUCAGAGGUCAAGAACAAACUAUUAGAGGGCAGCCAGUUUGGUUAGUCUA